UCUCUAAUUGUGUUUAAGUUUCUUUGAACUGUGCCGUAUUGUUGGGUUAAAAGCUUGUAUACCUUUUGCAAAACACAAAACUUUUUUAAUAUGUUAUGUAGGCUUUGCAUAAAAUACAGCGAUGGUUUUCUAAAUAUGUUUGACAGGAAUGGUGUGGGGCUAGGAAUUGCCGAUAUACUCGGCCGUCACUUCUGGUUCAAGCCGCAUCCAGAUGAUCAUAUGUCGGCGGUAAUUUGUUCCACCUGCUGGUUGAAAGUGAACGACUUCCAUCAAUUCUAUGUAACAGUGGAGCAGACACAUUCAACCCUCAGUAAUGAUGUCGUGAAGAAAGAGUCUUUCACUGAAUUACUGGACAAUGAAUUUAUUGACCCCGAUUUGAGUAUUAAAGAAGAGUUUGCCGAAGUACCUUGCUUAUUAAGUACGGAAACAACGGGCAUUGAAAGUGAACAGCUAAAUCCAUUUUGUGAGCUGGAUUCUAAUAAAAUAGUGGACAACGAAUUUCAUGCACAAAGUGAAGAAUCGAAUGGUGAAGACACAAAAACGGAAGACAACGCCGGAAACCUACCUUUGUCAAGUUGUACAUUGGAAAAGAAAGGAAAAUGUGUAACUCGAAAAUUGACAGCUUCUAGAAGAAUUGGUCGUAAUAAGCCAAAAGAAGGUGCAAAAGAUGUUAAUCAUGCGGAAGAAAUGAAAGAAAGAUAUAGCGUUAAGACGUCUCGGGAGGAUGAUGAAAUGGUGAAAAAAUAUAUACAAAUGAGUUGUGAACUUUGCACUUUUAUCAGCGAGGAUUAUACCUCAAUAAGAAAGCAUUUUCAAAUACAGCAUCCCAAGAUUAAAUCAUAUGUGCGCUGUUGUAAUAAAAAACUAUUCCAUCGACUUGAAAUUGUUCAACAUGCCUACAAACAUCAUGAUCCCGAAUUCUUUAAGUGCAAAGUUUGCCAGAAACUUUUUUCCGAACAAGCAACACUAUCACGCCACAUGAUUGCCGCACAUGCACCGGAAGAAGAAUUGAAAUUCCACUGCGACCAAUGUCCUAAAAGAUUUUCACGACAAAAAAAGCUUGAACUCCAUAGGAACUCACAUGUACCGAAGAAUGAGCGAACAUUCAUAUGUGACCAAUGUCCCGACAGUCGCUUCGCUAGCAAUGAUUUAUUGAAAAUUCACAUUUGCAUGCGCCAUCGACGUGCAACAAACGUUUGUCAUGUAUGUGCUAAAGAGAUACGUGACAAAGCUUCAUUCGAGAAGCAUGUGCGCUUACAUUUCGAAGAUAGUGGUCCAAAGGUUAAAUGUACAAUGGAAGGUUGUGACCGUUGGCUUAAGGACGAGGAUAACCUUCGACGACAUAUACGAAGAUUACAUACCAAAGAGGAGAAAGCAGUACAGUGUGAUAUAUGCGGACGGGAAUGUAAGAAUAAGUGUGCAUUAAGUAAACACAAACGCCGGGUUCACUCCAACAUCGUAUUCACCUGCGAAGAAUGUAAAAAAACCUUUAAACGAGCGAUUUACUUACGGGAACAUAUGACGCAGCAUACUGGUGAAAUCCUCUACAAAUGUCCAUUUUGUACACGCACAUUCAAUUCCAAUGCAAAUAUGCACUCGCACAAAAAGAAAAUGCACCCCAUAGAAUGGGACAAUUGGCGAAAAACAAAUAAUGUGAGUUCGCAGCAUUUUAUGGAGCACCAAAAAAGUUUACAAAGCUUGAAUGUUCCAACUAUGCAGUGAUAAGCAAUAUGUUAUGUUCAGUUAAAAUAUACAGGAUAACACCGGUGAAAAAUUUGUCACAUAAUUAAAUACGGGUACUAAGCCUCCCCAAAUUAACUGAACUUAGAAUCCCAAAAGCGUACAAUUAUAUGAAUUAGAAAUCAUCAAGUUAUUAAUAAAAAUUAUAUUAUGUUGAAGCAACUUAA